AUGGACUCGCUAUUUCUUUUCAUCCGGACCGUACCUCCAGGGUGCACCAACCCUAGUGCUCCAAAUUACAACGCCUGGGCGAUUCAUGACGAUGGUUCUUGCGUACAUGGCACUCGAGUUGUCUUUGAGGUCAACCCCAAUGGUCAAUGGGCCUCCUACCAGCUUGAAGGUCCAGGGUUCUAUUACGGGGACAUUGUCGGGCCGGCGAAUGAAGGAGACUAUCCUGAAGAUGCUGAUGGCCAUAUCAUUGAGUUUACAGCCUGGCCACAAGUGAUCUAUACAGCUCGUGCUCUGAUGUCAGACGCGGCCGGUCAAACGACUUCAUUCAAUUAUUUUAAUUUUUCUAGUGUCGAUGCAUCAAGUCAGCAUCUCGAAGCUGUCAGACCAGCUGGCCCGGGGUGCACCAAAAGUGACUUUGUCAACUACUCACCAUUUGCCACCAUCGAGGAUAACUCUUGCGUGGAAGGGCGUUGGCUACAGGUGGAUAUGUUUUCAGCUUUUUUUGCUUCAACUGACUGGUACAGCUAUGGGCACAUUGCAUUAUUUCAACCAUUAGUCCUCGGUGGUCAGGCCACCUUCCCAUCAAAGCUAUUUUUGUCAGCAAACAUCACCGCUCAAGCAUAUCUGUUUGUUUCACCUGGGAUAUUUCCCCUUAAAAUUUUCGGCAAUGCAAGGGUGCAGAUCACUCUUAACGACACAGGCGACCUUCUUAUCAGCGCCGAUGGAAGCGACUACUCACACAUGAUUGAUUCGUAUGGAUUCGCUUCCACACUUGGUGAAACUCUUUUUCAUUUCUCCGUGCCAGAAAAAUCUAUCCAACGUCAGGUGGUAAGCUCUGAAGGCGGCGUGAUAGGGAAUUACAAGGCCGGCUCAAUCAUAAUCGGGUCUGCUGCACUUGAAAGUCCAACUGUCGUGGGCAUAGAUGUGGCAGCUGUGGAAGGCCUUCAGUCGGCAACCUCAUUCAUUGAGAGCUGGAGGCUUGCUGGGAAAAUAUUCCAAAUGACACCCCUUAGGUUGAGGCUUGCGUCACCUGUCACUGUCAUUAUUCCGUAUGAUGAGCAGAUGUUGCCCACUAUACUCGGGAACGACGAGGCCGUCGUCAUUGGGGCUUCUGACAAAAGUGGGGUAGAUUGGCGGGUAAUGCCAGGUGCCUCUUUUGGAGCCAGCAAGGUGCAUGUUGAUGUUGAUAAAUUUUCAUUACUAGCAGUCGCAACGCGUCCAGAUGUAAAAAUGAUAUUGCCCCAACGUGCAAGACUAAGUGGUGGAACGAGUAUAACCUUGAUUGGUAAUAAUUUGUGCAGUGCAUCGUACAGCAAGGUACUCUGCAAGUUUGGAAACGAUUUUCACAAUGCCCAAAUCAAAGGAGAAUGCAGUCUCGAGAGUAAAGUUAUAAUCUGCCAAACGCCGCAAGUUGCAAAAGCAGGGUUUGUGAGCGUAGAUGUACACGACGCGAGUACACUUCAGAGCAGCCAAUCCGGCAUACAGAUACUGUUCACCAGUGGCGAAAAAAUAUCAAAUAUUUCACCCGAUGCAGGACCAUGGACUGGCGGUGCUUUUGUGAUGGUUGUGGGAAUGCAUUUCAAUUUUGUUAUUGAUCACUCACACACAAAUCGCAUGGGAGAUUUAUAUGCAUCCGCCGCACGAGAAGCAGACCCGAUCUAUUGCUAUUUUGACAGUCUACGUCCAUCUAAUGGAUUCGCGAUUUCAUCAGUCCUUGCGGUCUGUGAGCUGCCACCCGCCCCUCUUUCCUAUGACCAAGUUUACAUCCGAGUUGCUCUUUCUCCGCAUGAUGAGACAGAUGGAAGUUUUGCUGCGUUCAAGUAUCGAAUGCCUCUUACUCAAUCCAUUAAGCUCAUGGGUGCUGAUGGUUCACAUAUUCAUCACAACUCCCAAGCUGAGCCUGAGCGCGCAAUGCUUACGAAGAUGCAAACAAUUUCAUGCUCAAGAAUAGACCAACAGGUCGUUGUCCCGGAAGCUUACGUGCUCUGCGGAUCAUAUCUAGAUCCUGCAAUCCAAUGUCGUUUUGGGACGCUAACUGUGGAACCGUUGGUGCUAAGGGUCGGCGUGCUUCAGUGUAGGCCCCCAUUCAUGUCGAGUGAACAUUCUGUGAUGAUGGGUAAAUGUAUUGCUGCUCCAUCAUUGAGCAUAACUGGCAUCGUGGGUGAGCCAGCCACUGAAUUCACUCAUUCAAUGCGACCAGCCGUAUUGCACACCCUGACAGAGUCGAAAACAGUUUAUAGUGAUUCCCAAUACUGCACAUUCUGUUCUGGCUCGUUCCAUGGCAUGCCUUUUGAGAUGGGUUAUGCCCCGGUGGACAUAUUGCAAGCUGACAAACACUCCUUAAUUACACCUGACCUUCUUCAAAACCCUGAAUUAUUUGAAAUACAUGGUGACAGUGGAUUUGUGAUGACAUCUCUCAAAGGUGGUGGGGUAUCAGGAGCUGACGGCGGAGGACUCGUGUGGUUGUCAGGUUCCAGUUUAGGUCGUUACUCCUCUAGCGUGGUGCGAGAUCAAGUUGGCAGCUUGUUUUCUGCCUAUCAUUUUUGGUGCGAAUUUGGUCCAGUGAGCGACACACAAGUCGCGCAUCGAAUUGACGCUGGCUUAGUUGAAUGUGAGGCGCGAAAAUAUUCCGUGGAUAUGAACACGUCUGAGAGAUGCGACUCGAGACAGAUGAGCGCGGCACAUGCGGUGUCAUCUGCCUUAUUUGUAUGCGAGGGACCCCUAUUGUCCAACAGCCACUCAACACCAAAUAUAACUCAAGAUGAAUCCUUUUUUGUUUCUGUUUCUUUGCGUUCGAACGGGGACGGGUACUCAUCAAAUGGAAAUUUUCUUCCAUUGCUACUGGUUCCCGAACCUUUACUUGAAAGCGUUUCUCUGAAUCAUACCCAAUCGAGAGUUGGAGGUGGCGCAAUCAACCUUUCAUGGCAACUGCCACACGAUAGAUUGCUGUCUGUUGGAACACGAUGGUUCGCAUGUGCUUUCGGCACCAUAGCGCCAGUUAACUUGGUUUUACAUGGCAAAAAAUCUGCUACUAGCGGGACCGGGUUAUGUCUGAUUUCACCACAUGCUCACUGCUUCAACGAGGCACGGCAGUCAUAUAUAGGAUCAUCGGUUGACUGUAAAACUCAAGUCUGGGUUUAUUUACCGUGCACAGGCCGAGCAAAAAGUGAGAAUCAACACUUCAUUCAUCAAAAAGAUUUGUUUCCAUCAAGGCAGGCGUUUGUUACAUACACGCCAAGAGAUAAGUUUAGCACCAUGCCUUGUUCAUCACGCAAUACAGGCUUGGCCUCAUCAGACUGGAAUGAAUUGCUACACAUCACCACGAGCUCAAAUCCAUAUACUUUUUUAAUUGUAGAUGUUCGUACCUUGCCAAGCACAGUCAAAUUUGCCAAUACACAUGAUAUCAGAUUUAAAGUCAGCGGCGAAAAUACACCAGUGAUAGUGAACGUCUCGCCUUCACAAAUAACAUUACAUGGGCAUGCUAUCCUGAGAUUAUUUGGCAGCAACUUUUGGUCCCCCGACGAACACGGAGGGUUGGCACUACUCUAUUGCUCAAUAGGUACCAGCAGAACUAUUAUUACGGUGGUAUCAUCAGUCUAUGCCCUCUGUGAAUCUCCGGCACUUCACAGUUUGCUCGCGACAAAGCCGACUGAUGUUUGGCAAUAUGAAAGGAAACGUGUGCAUCUGGAAGGAAAAUUGUAUCGUGGUGACAUUCAUCCCGCUUCUUUUAAAGCUUUUUCCAACAACUUUCCUGCACUUGUGGACAUUCGUAUUACCUCUAAGCAUGGCAUAUGCGUUAGCGAAGGAGGUUCACACGGCCUGGCGGCAUCUCUUCGUCCCUGCGUGUCUUCAACCACGCCGGUAAGAGCUUUUGCAAAUUAUGGUGGUUCAAUAAUCACGGUCCCGGGUCAGCAUUUUUCACGAAGUGCUUGGCACUCAACCUGUCGCUUCGGCACGACUUACGUCUCUGCAAAUAUAAUGACUGCGACACUGGCCACCUGUGUCACACCUGCUCGCGCAAAGGGGAUAGUUCAGUUUGCAUUUUUUGCCAAUGGAGUACGAUCCCUAGAUCGGCUUCCACUAAAUUUUACCUUCACAUAAAGAGUUAUGAUCUGCCCAACUUGACAUGUAUUCAGAUGGCUUCCGGCGUGAAUGCCGCAAAUAAAGGACAUUUGAUGGCUCUAUCGAUGUCAUAUUUGACUGAAGAUCUGUUUUGUUUGGUUGGUGUGAUCAUGGAGCGUACACGAUCCAGCUCCUGCGUUGCUGUUAGGAAUAAUAAUGUGAAGAACGCUUUUUAUUUGUGUGUUUCGUAAAUGAAGCGACUAAUGCACAACCAGUAGAUCAUUCAUUUCGCA